GAAGGCUGUGUCUCCGGCGGGUCGCUCGGCCGGCUGCGAGGGGGCGGGCGGCGCCGGGCACCCGAGGAGGAGCCCGAGCAUUCCCGCGGUGGGGACAGCCGGCGAGCGGACGGCGGGCGGCGGGGCUUCAUGGGCUGCUCACGCCAACAUGGUGCUCGCCCUCAACGGCAGCCACCUCUACGGUAACCUCCGGUCCCUGGUCCUGGAGGACCCGCGGGCGCUGAGCGGCGGCAGGAUGAUCGCCGGCUCCUGGCCCCCGCGCAGCCUGGCCAAGCUCGGUCCCUCUCCUGCCCCGUCGGCGCUGCCCACGGCGAGCCCCCUCCCCGCCAACGACUCCCAGUGCGGGGAACAAAUCCUCAGCUACGGCAACGUGGAGAAAGUUCUCAUCGGGGCCGUGCUCUGCCUCAUCACCCUUCUGACCAUCGCCGGCAACUGCCUGGUGGUAAUAUCUGUCUGCUUCGUGAAGAAGCUGCGGCAGCCCUCCAAUUAUCUCAUAGUCUCGCUGGCCCUGGCAGAUCUCUCGGUGGCCCUGGCCGUCAUGCCCUUCGUCAGCGUCACGGACCUUAUCGGCGGCGAGUGGAUCUUCGGGCGCCUUUUCUGCAACGUCUUCAUCGCCAUGGAUGUCAUGUGCUGCACGGCCUCCAUCAUGACCCUCUGCGUGAUAAGUAUCGACAGGUACCUGGGAAUAACGAGACCUCUUACUUACCCUGUAAGGCAGAAUGGGAAGUGUAUGGCCAAAAUGAUCCUGUGCGUGUGGCUUUUAUCUGCCUCUAUCACCAUACCCCCGCUCUUCGGUUGGGCCCAAAAUGUGAAUGACGAAAAGGUUUGUCUGAUCAGUCAAGACUUCGGCUACACCAUUUACUCCACAGCAGUUGCAUUUUAUAUCCCAAUGUCAGUGAUGCUUUUCAUGUACUAUCAGAUUUACAAAGCUGCCAAGAGGAGUGCUGCUAAACACAAGUUUACUGGUUUUCCCCGCCCGGAAGAAACGGAAGGGAUUUCUAUGAAUGGAGUUAUAAAACUGCACAAGGAAUCUGAAGAAUGUGCUAAUUUUUCACGACUCCUAAAGCACGACAAGAAAAACAUUUCCAUCUUUAAAAGAGAACAGAAAGCUGCCACUACCCUUGGGAUUAUUGUUGGGGCUUUCACUGUCUGCUGGCUGCCCUUUUUCCUCCUCUCAACUGCAAGGCCCUUCAUCUGCGGGACGGCAUGCAGCUGUAUCCCACUCUGGGUUGAGAGAACAUUUCUGUGGUUGGGCUAUGCAAACUCGCUCAUUAACCCUUUUAUAUAUGCCUUCUUCAAUCGAGACUUGAGGACAACUUAUCGCAACCUCCUGCAGUGCAGAUAUAGGAAUAUCAACCGGAAACUGUCAGCUGCAGGGAUGCACGAGGCUCUGAAGCUUGCAGAAAAGCCAGAAUUUGUUCUGUAAGGAGAAGUUCUGAUUUCUCCAGGGAAAAAGAGUCAUGACCAAAUGUGCUUUAAAGCAGCCAGAAAAAAACCAAGCCAGAACAGGAAGAAGAAAAAUGAAGAGCUGGCUUCUAAAGAACUGGAUAGAUUUAUGAAACAUGUUUCAUCUUCUUUUGAUGGAAAUGUGCUAAAAAUACUCCAUGAGCUCGAUACAUUACAUUAAUACAUUUCUGUUGGAAGUAGUCACAUCUUGUUUGUUAUGAAGGAAAGUGCUGCUAUACACAAAUGAAAAUAGUUUUCUGCCUGAGAAAGCCAAGCCAUUUCAGCAAUAAGAGUUUGGCACACAGGGUUGAGAAAAAAAACAUGCAACUAAAACUCAAAGAGAGAGCAUUGUACAGAUUUCUACCACAGUAAACAAUGUAGAAGAGUAUUUGUAUGUUUACCAUGCUCGUGGAUCAUAACAUUAGUAUUAAUAUUCAGGGAUUUUCAUUGAUAAUGAAUGUAUUUUGGUGUACUACAAAAAGAGGUUUUCAGGCAAAUGCUGGAUCUGUGGAUGCUUUCAGGGCUUGUGUUAGAGAUGUUAUGCACCUGGAAUGGGAUUGAGAACAAUAAAAGACCAAUUUUUGCAAAAACA